AUGUUUGCUGAGGUGGCAGCGCCCCGCUUGCGGGCCGUACGGGGCGGCGGAUCGAUCGAUUGUCGCAAGUCCACCAAUCAGAUGGGCCGAAGCCUCGAAACGGCUGAGCAGACAAAAGGAGGCCAGUCCGUGGGACCGUCGGUCAGUUGGUGCGUCGUCGUGUCGGUGGCCGCCGCCUCCGGGACUACUGGGGCUCAGUCGCCUGGGCAACUUCGCGGCCGCUUUGUGUCACCGAGGCCCUUAAGAAGCAGCAUCGCUUUUGACGGUGAGUUGUCGGUUCAUCGUGUCCUGCGACCGCCCGUCCCAAACCGGGCAGGCGUAGGCGCCAGUUUCGACAGCCCCAGCCGGACUCGAAGCCUGGCUCUGCGAGUGCAGCCUGUGCUGUCGGCACGUCAAUCACUACGUCCCACCUGGCAACCAGUGCUCUUGUUCAGCUUACUUCCAUUUCGAGUGAAAGUGUUGCAUGAAGAGACUCUAAUGUCCUGUCGAUUGGCUUUAAUGGAACAAUCUCUUGUUCCAGCAUUGUUGAGCGUCGACGAGAAUGCUCCAGUCGAGCCAAUCGACAACUGGUCGAGAGGAAUCUGCCGUCAUCUUCUGGUGCAAUCCACCAGACACUUUCACACGAAAUGGGACUACUCUCAACAGUUGUGA